CUUCAAACACUUCACUCUCUACCGCACAAACACUCACACACUCUUCCUCUGUUCAUCAAAGUGUCCACAUUCAACAAAAGCAACGACAACCUUUCCAUUCAAGUUUUCCAAGGUUUCAAUUCCCAAAACCAAUCAACCAUCCAUCAUCAUUCUCUUCCUUUGCUUAGCAACAAAGCAAUAAUGGCUGCCCCUCCUCCUCCAAAGUUGGCCAAAUCCAAGUCCUUCCUUCACAGCUUAACGGAGAAGAAGGAGAGGCUGCUUCCCAUGAAUGGCGGCGGUGGCGGCUACUCCCAGAUAGGGAUUGGUGAAGAUGAUGAGAAGCAGAGUAUGGUGGUGAAGUGGCGUAAGAAGAUGAAGCAAAUCGCUGAGAAGGCUUGGGAGAUGGGUCGCUCUGAUCCAAGGAAGGUUAUCUUCGCUGCUAAAAUGGGUCUUGCUCUCACUCUCAUCUCCCUUUUGAUCUUCCUCAAAGAACCCUUCAAGGAUAUGAGCCGCUACUCUGUUUGGGCUAUUCUCACUGUUGUUGUUGUCUUUGAAUUCAGUAUAGGGGCAACUCUCAGCAAGGGGUUUAACAGAGGAUUAGGAACCUUAUCAGCUGGAGGACUUGCUCUUGGAGUGGCAGAGUUAUCAGCAAUGGCUGGAGAAUGGGAAGAACUUAUAAUUAUUAUCAGCAUCUUCAUUACAGGAUUUUGUGCCUCCUAUGCCAAACAGUACCCGACUUUGAAGCCUUAUGAAUAUGGGUUCCGUGUGUUCUUGAUCACAUAUUGCUUCAUCACAGUAUCUGGGUAUCGAACAGGGGAAUUUUUGAAUACAGCUAUACAUAGAUUUUUGCUUAUUGCACUUGGUGCUGCUGUGUCUUUGGGAGUAAACAUCUUUAUAUUCCCAAUCUGGGCUGGUGAGGAUCUGCAUAAUCUCGUGGCAAAAAAUUUCAUGGGUGUUGCUACAUCUUUGGAAGGAGUUGUCAAUCACUACCUCAAUUGUGUUGAAUACAAGAAAGUGCCAUCGAAAAUUCUGACUUACCAAGCUUCUGAUGAUCCGGUUUACGACGGCUACAGAUCCGCUGUUGAAUCUACAAGCAAAGAGGAUGCAUUGAUGGGAUUUGCUGUUUGGGAGCCACCUCAUGGUCAUUACAAAAUGCUUAGAUAUCCAUGGAAGAAUUAUGUGAAAGUAAGUGGAGCUUUAAGGCAUUGUGCAUUUAUGGUCAUGGCCUUGCACGGAUGCAUACUUUCUGAAAUUCAGGCUCCAGCUGAGAAGAGACUUGUUUUUCAUAGUGAGCUUAAGAGGCUAGGUUCUGGAGGGGCCAAAGUGUUACGUGAACUUGGAAACAAAAUUAAGAAGAUGGAAAAACUAGGCCCUGAAGACUUGUUGUAUGAAGUGCAUGAGGCAGCAGAAGAAUUGCAACAGAAGAUUGAUAAAAAAUCUUACCUUCUUGUAAAUUCAGAGAGAUGGGAAAUUGGAAACAGGCCAAGAGAGGAGGUUGAUCCUCAAGGUCUCUUUACCAUGCAUGAAGAAAGAAAUCUCCUGGAUUGUAAGUCUCUGAGUGAAGCUGUGCUUGAUCUUAGUUCAGUUGAAGUUCCAAAAAGUUGGGAAGGACACUUAACUUCAGCCUCUCAAGAAAAUAACCCCGCUUUGCUUGCAUCUGUUGCUUCUGAAAACAAGUUCAGGAAACAGAUGUCUUGGCCCGCUCAUGUUUAUCAUAAACCAGAUGCAAUGACAAAAGAAGAAUUAAGAACCUACGAAAGUGCUAGUGCACUAUCUCUAGCAACAUUUACAUCACUUCUGAUUGAAUUUGUAGCAAGGCUUCAAAAUGUAGUGGACUCAUUUGAAGAAUUAGGCGAAAAAGCGAACUUUAAAGACCCGCUUGAGCAACAAGAACCAGUAAUACCGGGAUUUUGGACCAGAUUGUUUAACUGCUGCUUCACAUUCAAGCAUUGAAAUAUGGACUUGAUCGUGUCAAGAUUUACCUUUUGCAGAGGCAGAGCUCCCAAAUGAGAAUCUGCAGUACUAAUUCAAGAUUACCAUAGUAGAAGGCUGCUAACUUUACCCCUAUAAUAAUAGGUUGUAAUGUGAUUCCUUUAGUAUUUUUGGAUGCUGGAUGAGUUAAAGAUUCAAUGAAAUCUGUGGGAACCAUCUCCCAAACUAGAGCAAAUAACUCAUUUUUUUUACAUAUUUUAGAAAUUGACACAAA